AUGGAAAACAAUAAUGUUUCUCGUGAGGCUCGCAGAAAGCGUAAAAGCAAAGAAAGUGAGACAUCCCAACAACGUGAAGCCCGACUUGCUCGUGAACGCGAAAGAAAAUGGCAAAAAAAAAUGCAGGAGACCAGUGAAGAGCGCGAAGUGCGUAUGUCACGUGAACGUGAUAGAAAACGGAAAGAGAGAGAAAUGAAAACUAAUGAGCAACAUGAAGAACGUCUAAAUUAUCAGCGUUAUUUUCGUGAACAAAUUAAACAACAAAAUCUGUCACAGAUAAUUGAAGAACUGGAUCCAAUUAUAGACACUCAGGGGAAUUGUAGUCAUCAUCAAACUGACAUUAACACCACAAAUAUUGAAGCAGUUUCCUCUGCUGAACUUACUGAAAUAAAUCGUGAUCUAUUAAAAAAGUUUCGCACUAAAAUAGAUAAUCUUAAACACACUCUUUGUCCUUAUGCCAAAAAAUUCUCAGUGGAAAAUAAUAUGGACCCUGGUGAUAUGCCCGAAGAACUUAAAG